CUCUAGGAUGCAUACCAUAUAGUCCGCUAUAGGGGGUACGACGAAUGUGCUUGAAUGGAACGACGUCAUCUUGACCUUUCUAAAAAGGGCAAGAUUGGAUCCGAUUAAGCACUUUAAUGGAAUAAAGAUCGAGCGCCAACUCAUCACAGCAUUGGUAGAGAGAUGGCGAAAGAAGACACAUUGCUUCAAUUUUCGUGAAGGGGAGUGCACCAUCACACUUAAGGACAUCACCAUCCUAACUGAUUUGCCAUCGAUGGCGAUGUUAUUUGUGUGCACUCUACUCCACCAGCUAAAGUUGUUGCAAAUAUGAGUGGUUGGCAGCAUUUCAUAUGGACCAUCACUGGGUUGUGUCCGCCAGAAAAGGGAGAUCAUGAUGCGGAUGGUAAUCCACCAUUGUCCAAGGUCCAAGUAUCCAUCACUUGGUUGACAGCGGAGAUCAAGCGUAAGCACAACCCUGAGGUCGGAGGCAUUCCCCUCACGGAGGAAAUUUUGGAGCGUGAUAAAGAAAUUUAUGCAAGUAUCUACAUCCUCGGCAUGAUCGGAGGAGUUUUCUUCCCCAAAAAAUCCAACAAUUUAAUCAGCAAUUCUUGGUUGAAGAUCAUAUUUGGCGAUUGGGAUGAUAUGGGAAACCUGAGCUGGGCAUCUGCUUGCCUAGCUCAUCUCUACCGCUCCCUCUAUAAUGCUAGUUCGAGAGCGGUGAAGGAGAUUGAUGGGGCCAUGGUCAUCGUCCAAUUUUGGGCUUGGGAGCAUUUGCCAUGGGUUGCACCGAAGGAAGACCCCGACAAGGAAUGAGGACCCGACCAUCCCCUACGACAUGAACGUUUGAUGGAGGAAUGAGGAAUUCCUCAUUCCACAAUGACCCGCCAUGUCUGUUUGGAUAUCGAUACACCAUACGAUCAACUCUUCUAGUGUCAUCCAUGCAGGUAACCUCAUUGCACAUUUGAUGGAGCUCUUCAAGCAUCGGUCUCGUACGGACCUUCAUUUUAUUAAAAUUGCCACCCACGUAACUUACACCCUUUCCGGACUCUUCCGUGUAACCAUUCCACCGUAACCCAAGCGUGGACUUUUGGAAUGCCAUCUGCAAUAAAACUGUAAUUAAGUU